AUGUCAACGCCAAGGACGACGGCGACGGCGGCCAAGCCGAAGCCGUACAGCUUCGUGAAUGACUACAGCGUGGGUAUGCAUCCCAAGAUUUUAGAUCUGAUGGCGCGCGAUAACAUGACGCAGCACGCGGGCUACGGACAGGACAGCCACUGCGCGAAGGCGGCACGCCUGAUCGGCGAGUUGCUUGAGCGGCCGGACGCGGACGUCCAUUUUAUUUCCGGCGGCACGCAGACGAACCUGAUCGCCUGCAGUCUGGCGCUACGCCCGUGGGAAGCUGUCAUCGCAACGCAGCUGGGCCACAUCAGCACGCACGAGACGGGCGCCAUUGAGGCGACGGGGCACAAAGUCGUCACGGCGCCGUGCCCGGACGGUAAGCUGCGCGUUGCCGACAUCGAGAGCGCACUGCACGAGAAUCGCUCGGAGCACAUGGUGAUACCCAAACUCGUCUACAUCUCCAACACGACGGAGGUAGGCACGCAGUACACGAAGCAGGAGUUGGAGGACAUCUCCGCCUCAUGCAAGGAGCACGGCCUGUACCUCUUCCUCGACGGCGCCCGCCUCGCCUCGGCCCUAAGCAGCCCUGUGAACGAUCUGACGUUGGCAGAUAUCGCUCGCCUGACGGACAUGUUCUACAUUGGCGCCACGAAGGCCGGUGGCAUGUUUGGCGAAGCGCUCAUCAUCUUGAAUGACGCCCUAAAGCCGAACGCGCGCCACCUCAUCAAGCAGCGCGGCGCCCUCAUGGCGAAGGGAUGGCUGCUCGGCAUCCAAUUCGAGGUGCUCAUGAAGGACAACCUCUUCUUCGAGCUCGGCGCCCACUCGAACAAGAUGGCCGCCAUCCUCAAGGCUGGACUGGAGGCGUGCGGCAUCCGACUUGCCUGGCCAUCCGCCAGCAAUCAGCUCUUCCCGAUCCUGGAAAACACCAUGAUCGCAGAGCUGAACAACGACUUCGACAUGUACACCGUCGAGCCCUUGAAAGAUGGCACGUGCAUCAUGCGACUCUGCACGUCGUGGGCGACGGAGGAGAAGGAGUGCCAUCGUUUUGUGGAGGUGCUGAAGCGCCUCGUCGCGUCAACGGCCUAA